AUGGUGUUUGAUCGAUUUUUCAAAGGCAAAGAAAGAAUAAACAGUGCUGGCAAACACUUUUUAGGCUAUCAAGCCUUAGCAAUUAUAGCAGUUGGGCUUAUUGCUGUCAGAUUCAUUACUGCAAAUCGAGGUCAUAGUAAUUCAUUACAUAGCAAUUAAUUUAUUGGAUAAUGAAACAGAUGGAGAAGCUACAAGGGACAAAGAGGAAUUGGAUGUGGAAUAUAAAAAGUUUCAGAACAAGUGGAAGAAAAAUAGAAAAGAGAUCAUGGCGAAAAUGAGAAAUGACAGAAAAGAAUUUGAAAAGAACUUUAAUGAGGAUGUGUCGAUCGAAGAUGUAUUAAAUAUUGGCGAGAAAAAAUUCGCUGAUAUUGAUAAAUACUAA